AUUAUACCUUGUUAAUAUAUUUAAGUGGUGGCUUUAAACUUAAAGCAAAAAAUGACUCGAGUAGCACCAAGGAUUCUUCUUCAGAGCCUAUAGUUGGAGGAGAGACUGUCUUCUAUCGUUCAAGGAACGAGGUUGUGGCUGAGGUGGCUCCUACUGAAGCGAUGGCUCUCCUACACAUUCAUGGGGAUAAGUGUAUGUUGCAUGAAGUGCAUAAUGUAAGGGUGUUAAGUAUGUUGUUCGCUCGGAUGUAGCCUUUGCCUGAUGAGUGUGGUCUCUUAGAUUUAGCAGGCUUGGUGUGGAUGCCAAGUUUCUACUGUUGAAUUGGCCAACACAGCAAGCUGAAGCUAUUAGUGAAUAUCUGUAUGGCUCUUUUAAAUCUAUGAAGAUGGCUCCCAAAGAAAUAUCUUUAUCUGUUGUCCGUUCUGUUUGCUGGCAAAUAGUAGCAAUGUGAAUUCUCCAUAUGCUCUGCUCGUACAUUUCCCAUUAUUCCUAUGCAAAAUGAGCAUUUUCAUAGAUCUAUCUGUCUCAGGUAUAUCAAGACCUCCAUUACAAAUUUAUAGUUCUUUGAUAUUAGGCAUUGCUAAUAUGCUCAGAUUCGAAGCAGGUGUUCUCCCAAUACAGGUUGUGUAUUUGUGUGCAAAUCCAUGCACAUUUGGUCAGGCAUUUGGUUGAGAAGGAUUCGUAGACCUCUUAUGAAGAUGGGCGUGAUGUAAAUGAUAUGAACAAGAUCAUGCUUUCUCGGAAAUGUCUUUUAGACUUCGUACAUAGGUGCAACAAUGUGAGGUCCUUCAUGCAAAUCCAUGCACAAUUAUUAACAUCCGGUUUCAUUUGUGAUCAGUUGGUUGUUAACAGAGUUGCAGAGUUCUUCGGAAAAUUUGCAGAUUUUGGUGAAUAUGGUUGUGAUCUUUUAAAGCAAAUUGAUUGGAGCAUAAGUUCAUUCCCAUUUAAUUUGAUGAUAUCAGGCUAUGCUGGCAGUGACACCCCGAGGGCGGCAGUUCUGGUCUAUAGACGGAUGAUGAGAAAUGGAUUUAUGCCUGACAUGUACACUUUUCCUGUGGUUCUGAAAUCUUGUGCUAAGUUUUUGGGGAUUGGGGAGGGUAGACAGGUUCAUGGGGUGGUUGUAAAAAUGGGGGUUUUGAGCGAUCUAGUUGUGCAAAACUCGCUUGUCCAUUUCUACGGUGGCUUUGGUGAUUUUCGUGUUGCCAGUAUGGUGUUUGAUGACAUGCAUGUGAGAGAUGUGGUGUCUUGGAGUUGCUUGAUAUCUGGGUAUGUGAGGGCAGGGUUAUUUGAUGAGGCCAUAGCUUUAUUUUUGCGGAUGGAUGUGAAACCAAAUAUAGCAACGUUGGUCAGCAUGCUUGUGGCUUGUGGCCGAAUGAGGCAUUUGAGCUUGGGGAAGGAAAUUCAUGGAUUGAUAGUUAGAUGUGUAAGGGUGGAUUUGGUGGUAGGCAAUGCCAUCAUGGAUAUGUACGUCAAGUGUGAGUGUUUGUGUGAGGCAAAGCAGAUCUUUGAUGAGCUCCCCGAGAUAGAUAUUGUAUCAUGGACUACUAUGAUUAGUGGCUUGGUGCAAUGUAAACGUCCCAAAGAAUCAUUACAAAGGUUUCACAAAAUGCUUGCAUUGGGCAUUGAACCUGAUAGGCUUAUCUUGACUAGUGUGCUGUCAGCUUGUGCCAGUCUCGGGGCUCUUGAUUAUGGCAGAUGGAUCGAUGGGUAUAUUGAUUUUAGAGACAUCAAAUGGGAUACUCAUAUUGGAACAACUAUGAUCGACAUGUAUGCAAAGUGUGGCUGUGUAGAGAUGGCAUUAUGGACUUUCAAUGAGAUGCCUUUUAAAAAUGUCUAUACGUGGAAUGCCUUGCUUGGUGGUUUAGCAAUGCAUGGACAUGGCCGUGAGGCGCUCAAACAUUUUGAAGAAAUGAUUAAAUCUGGUAUGAGGCCAAAUGAGGUGACAUUUCUAGCCAUUUUGACUGCUUGUUGCCAUUCUGGCUUGGUUGAUGAAGGUCGCAGGUGCUUUCAUCAAAUGAUAAGUCAACAACAUAAUCUUUCUCCAAGGUUAGAACACUAUGGAUGCAUGGUUGAUAUGCUCUGCAGGGCUCAACUCCUGGAUGAAGCUCGGGAGCUGAUAAAAACUAUGCCCAUGCCACCUGAUGUGCUGAUAUGGGGAGCUCUUCUUAGUGGUUGCAAGGCCAGUGGGGCUGUUGAACUCUCUCAAGAAAUAUUAGACAGCCUCCUGGAACUGGAGUCUCAAGAUAGUGGGGUAUACGUGCUUCUUUCCAACAUACAUGCUACUGAUCAAAGAUGGCCUGAAGUAUCGAGAAUACGGAGGUUGAUGAAGGAGAAGGGUAUAAAAAAAGCCCCUGGAUCAAGUGUUAUAGAGGUGGAUGGUAAGGUUCAUGAAUUCUUUGCUGGAGAGGCUAGCCACCCUCAAAAUGAGGAUCUUCAUUAUUUUUUAAAUAUCCUUUCAAGUAAUCUCUAUCUUGAAGGGCAUUUUUCAGACCCAUUCUAGGAUAAGGUUGAAGUACUAGGUGAAAACUAAAUGUUCUUGUAAGUAUUAAAUCAAUUUGUUAAUAAGAGAUCUGGUGCAUACUUGGUCAGCUGAAAAGAUAUACCAUGAUUUCCAGAGGCAACUUCCAUGCCCAUAAAAUACAAGAAAGGUACUCGAUGGAAGUUCUUGGCCAGAAGUAUCUUAUCACCUGAAAAUCUUCUUCUCAUCUCCCAUGGUCAUAAAGUCAUUCCACAUACAGGAACAAUGGUGGUGAUAUUAUCUAUUUGAUUGGAUAUAGCAAUGCAUCUCUGGAAGACCAAGCAGUGAAAGUAAACUGUAUCUGCAUUGAGCUAAAUUUGUGGAGAUUGUUACGAUCAUCGAAAACAUUACAUCAUUUUUCAAACAAUAUCCCCAAGUUCUGUACUUAAGGUUGUACCAACAUCUUAUUGUAGAAGGACCUUGGAGCAACCUGCGCAACUUGAGACAGAACGACCUGUGACUAAGUUUAGUGGCUAAAUUCGUUCAGAUAGAAUUAAGUAUUUCAUGCUCUCAACCCCUUAGGGGUUGGCUCAAGUGGUAAAGGCCUUGGACUGGUAUCUCCUCUUAGGUCUAAAGUUCAAAUCCCUUGAGUGCAAACAAUUUCUAGGGGCCAUUGGACUGAGGAAUUUCCUCCUUGAAUAACCCGACAUGUACUUACAGAUAACUCAUUGCCGAGGGCCUAUGCAUCCAUGGAAUUAGCUGGGACACUGUUCCAGACACCCAGUACCAAUAAAAAAUAGGUAUUUCAAGCUUAGGCUUUUAGGUCGAAGACUCGAAGUCAUUCAGCAGUAACUAUGAGUUUGGUAUAUUAAUCUUAUUUUUGGCAAAGUAUGACUGCAAGGUAGCUUUCUGGUAGUGGUUUUUGCCAUCCCUGGGCUGGAACUCUUGCUGGGUAAUUGGCCAUUGCUGAUUGAAUGGAAUGUUAUGGUUCAACUUCCAUUCCAAUAAAAUUAUGAAGGGUCAUGACUAUUCAACUAACUUCCAUUCCAAUAAACGACAUUGUCUCCCUUCAACAUUAAACGUCCCCGUUUGGAGAUGCUACUUCUACUGCACUCCAACACUUCGACACAAUCACUUCAGCGGCUUCCUUCAACACUUCCACAUUUCAGCCUCUGCUCAUCUUGAACUCAACCCAGUUAGGGUUCCUAACAUUCUUCCCUCCUUAGAGCACCUUGCCCACAAGGUGCCGUUAUUCUUCAACACUUUCUUUGUAGUUGAGGCAAGUUUCUUGUCUAAAUUUUCUUGAAUAUUGAAAAUUAAUCUUGAAAUAUAGUAGAUUAAUUGUAGAGUGUAAUGUAGAUGAUUGGAAUGGUGAGAAGGUAGGCUGAAAAUGGAAGAAAUAGUCAUAAGAUUCUUAAUGACAUUGGUACAGAGGAAAUUCGAGGUUUCCCACUCCUCCCAGAAGGCAAUACAAACAAAACAGAAUAUUUUUUCUCCCACUCAUUACACUUAUUUUUCCACCAAUUCCAUCCCCAUGAAUCAUUCUGAUUAUUCCCCCAUCCAUUAUCUUCCGUGGCCUCAUUACUCUGACCAUAAUUAUGUUCCCAAGGAUUAGUGUUGUUAUCCACGACGUGGUUCAAUUCCCAUAUCCGGAAUGCUCAGCCAAGUCAGUGGUUUCUCUUGAGUCCUCUUCAGCUUCUCCCAAUCCAGUGUAAGAAAAUGACGAGCAGCGAAUCACCCAGAACCACGGCCUCCUCAUAUCCAUCUUCAUUGAAAAGAGCCAUGGGUUUCUGUACCAAGUCCAAAAACAAUUCCGUAUCUAUGCUGGGGUUCCAUUCUACUUCUUCACUAUAAAUAUUCGGAUCAGGCAAUGAUAUGUCACAGGGAAGGCUAUUAAUGAUAUUACACUUCUUGGUUUCCACGAGUCUUUUCCAUGGAACUGAGCCAAUUAAUGAGCAUAAUUUCUUUUCCCAUGGAGGCAAAGAUGACUGCCAAGUAUCCCUAAAAUUUUCAGCAAGGAUAAUUUCCACCAGAACAAUUUUAAAGACCGUGUCGUGCAUCUCUGCAGACGAUUGGAUAUGGUAUUAGGCAGGGGAAGCUGUAUUACUUGGACCUGGUGUCAACGAGUUCAAGUGAGUUACGACAAGCCUUGACAGUGGAUGGCUCUGAGGGUGAGAAAAAGAAAUCUGAAAUCUGGCUAUGGCAUUGGCGUCUGGGGCAUGCUUCCUUUGGUUAUCUGAAAAAAUUACUUCCUAGUUUAUUUGCUAAAUUUGAUAUUUCUAGUUUCCGGUGUGAUGUUUGUGAACUGGCAAAGAGUCAUCGUGCUUCAUUUCAGUUAUGUUUGAAUAAAAGUCCACUCCCUUUUAUGGUUAUACUUCUGAUGUCUGUGGUCCAUCCAAAGUUACUACUUUGAGUGGAUCACGUUGAUUUGUUACUUUUAUUGAUGACUGUACCAGGAUGACCUGGUUGUACUUGAUGACAUCCAAAGGUGAAGUGUAUUUGUUAUUUCAGAAGUUUCAUAAAAUGGUUGAUACUCAGUAUAAUGCACAGAUUCAGGUUCUAUGCAGUGACAAUGGUGGAGAAUAUAAGAAUUCUGAACUUCAGCAGUAUUUGGAAACACACAGAAUUAUUCAUCAAACUACUUGUUCCAAUACACCCCAGCAGAACGGGGUUGCAGAGCGAAAAAAUCGACACUUGUUGGAGGUUGUUCAUGCAUCACUAAUAGAAGCUCAUAUGCCAUUAUCCUAUUGGGGAGAAGCACUUAACUCUGCAGCAUAUUUAAUCAAUUGGGUGCCCUCCAGCUCUAUUGACUUCCGGACAUCAUUCCAAGCUCUUAGUGAUGCAGUUGUAGCACCAACAGUCCCAAAUUGGCCUCCUCAUAUCUUUGGGUGUGUAGCAUUUGUGCACCUUCAUAAACAUCACUGCAACAAGUUGACUCCUCUAGUGCUGCGAUGUGUUUUUCUCGGAUAUGCUAAUCAUCAAAAGGGGUAUAGAUGCUAUCAUCCUCCAACUCAACAAAUGUUUAUCACAAUGGAUGUUGUUUUCCAUGUGGACUCAAUGUAUUUUUCCUCUGAGCCUGAACUUCAGGGAGAGUACCAGAAGGAAAUUCAGACUCUAGAUUAUGAUGUUCUAAACUAUAAUUAUCACCCUUCUGAGGAAAGCGAAUCCCCUGAAUCUGGUAACCAGGAUGUGGGCAACUUGGAUCUAAGUGGUAUAACCUUGGAUUCCAGUGGUGACAACUCACAAGCUGGACCAGUCAAUCAUGAAGAUUAGAACGUUAUUUAUUGCAGGGAAUGGGUGCUUGGAAAUCAAGAAGAUUUGAUCAAGGAUAUUACUGCUGAGUAGCAACCAGAGAAUGGUGAUAAGUUACUUUCUUGUGAACACUUUUGAAAUCUAAUUUGUUAGAUACAAUGUUUUUCCUAAAUAUUCUUGUUCAUUAAAAAAAUCCCAGAAAGAGUUGGUUCA